AUGCGUUCCGGCCGCAAGCGCACCCUCGGCGACGAAAUCGCCGACGCGUACAUCUUCCCGGAUUGUACGACGCGCCGACCAAGGAUCCCCGAGAUCCGCGUGGUGUCUCCGGGCGGCAGCGACGCGAGGCCACUCGGCGACAUCUGCCAGCCGCCGUGUCCCGACGGGCCUCUUGAGAGGCAGCGGAGGAAGAGGUUACGCGAGAGCUUGGCGGAGCUCGAGGAGCUGCUCGGGGGUCAGGCCUGUCUGGUAGAGACAGAGAAGCACCAGUCUCCUGACGCCAAGCCCACGGCAAACAAACGGGCUGUUGUCCUGGAGGAGAAGCCUCCACAGAAAGAAGAAGAGGCUCCGGGGGCGAACAAGCCUCCCAAGGGAAAAGCCCCUCAGGCCGCAGGCCGGACGGGGACUUUCAGAACCUUCCUGGCCUUUGGACGCCAGCUCAUCUCUUCGCGCCACACCACAACCUCGCGAAUGGGGCGCUAUUCAGUCAUGGGAUGA